AUGGCUAAGUUCACAACUUUUUUCUUCAUCCUUGCUCUCCUCAUCUGCUCCAUGCUCACAUACGCUUCGGCAGGCCGGGCCGUUCCAACCUCCGUUUAUCCGGGAGAAACCUCCGUUGAGAAAUUAGAGCAAGGAGAAGAAAACUGCGAAGGUGUUGGAGAAGAAGAAUGCUUCUUGAUACGAAGAACUUUAGUUGCUCACACUGAUUACAUUUACACCCAAAACCACAAGCCCUAA